GAGCCCCGGGGCGCCUCAAGGAGUCAGCGCCUAGAGGCUGCUGCCGGUGCACGGUUGGCUGGCAUUCGCAUCGUGCUGGAGGAUCUCAGCGAUCCGGGAAACCGUGCUGCCAUUUUGCGCAGUGUGGAGGCCCUGGGCUUGCUCCAUGUGCACGAGGUCCACUCCCCAAGCCGGCGUGUGAGUUCUACAGCGCGUGGGCGAAGCAUCGUCAACGGCGCGGAGAAGUGGCUGACCCUGCACCAGCACUCUGACGUCGCGGAAUGUUUGGGAGGAUUAAAGGCCACGCGACAUCAACUGCUGGCAGCUGUGCCACCAGGCCAAGGCCGGGAGCCGCUGCCUCUGGAGUCCUUGACCUUCGAUCAGCCCACGGCCUUGCUCUUCGGUUCCGAGGACGUAUGCAGGAUUGGUUCCAUGACGUCGAAG